ACAUCGGAAAAGCCCCCCCGACAUUUCCAUGGGUUUACCUCCGUUCAAUUUCCCGAAUACUUUCAGCUCCAUCUUCUUUCCUCUCCUUAUUCUCCUCCGAUCGAUAACCGCCGACAAAUCACCUGUUGAGUACGAUUCACAGCAUGCUAUCGCCGUCAACUGCGGUUUCCCCCGCAACUCCACAGCACUUAACGGCAGACAAUGGGUUGGAGAAACAGAUUCUGCUACCAUGAUCAUUUUUCAUGGACCUGGAAGUCAAUCAGUCAGCCCUCCUUACUCCAUUCACAACCUCCUCGAUCCCACUCCGUAUAUGACAGCUAGAGCUUCUCGGGCAUCAUUCACCUACACCUUCCAUGUUGGCUCCGGCUACAAGUUCAUCCGCCUUUACUUCUACCCAGCUUCUUACUCUGGUUUCAAAAGGUCAACGGCCUUCUUAACCGUAAAAUCAGGCCCGUAUACACUCCUCAACAAUUUCAGUGCUUUCCUAGCCGUCGGUUCUCUCGGCCUGAAAUCCAUUGUGAAGGAAUUCACCCUUUAUGUCCCUGUUGACGAACCCUUAUCAAUUACUUUCUCCCCCUCAAGAGUAAUCCCUUCUGAUGAGACAUUUGCAUUUGUAAAUGGAAUUGAAGUCGUUCCCAUGCCGCUUGGACUUUACUACACCAUGGAGGGAGAUGCAGGGGUGCAUGUUGUAGGGCAGAACUACCGACGUCCCAUCAGUAAAGCCAUUGCAAUGGAGAUGGCCCAUCGGUUAAACAUUGGUGGCAGCUCACUUUCAUCUUCUCAUGACACAAGUAUGUUCAGGGAGUGGACCAGCGAUUCAAACCAUCUCAUAGAAUCGAAUGUUUUUCCCAUAACGUCAACAAAUCGGAUCAAGUAUACUGAAACAUCAAAAAAUGGUGCACCACAGCGACUGUUCCAGAUGUCUUGGUCAAUGAACCGAAAUAAGCAAAUUAGUGAACGAGUAAGUUUUACAUGGAAGUUGCCUGUGGAUUCGGGUUUCGGGUAUCUCAUCAGAAUGCAUUUUUGUGAGCUUGAUUAUGAGGUGAAGGAGAGUGGGCAAAAGGAGUUUAGUAUUCUAAUAAAUAAUCAAAUGAUUGAGCCUAGAGGAGAUUUGAUCAGCUGGGGUGGUGAGAUUGGAGUUGCAAUCCAUAAGGAUUACUUGGUGACGGUGAGAGGAGACAAAAUGAUUGGUAAGAAAGAUCUAUUUGUAGCUUUGUACCCAGGUAACUAUGAUCAAACAACUGAAUUUAUUGACUCAGUUCUUAAGGGAAUUGAGGUUUUCAAACUAAGUAACCCGGACGACAGUCUUGCUGGAGUGAAUCCAGUCAUCUCCCUUCCUCAUGCUUGGAUAAAGACAAUCAGUAGAAAUGAAAUUGCAACUCUUGUUAUAAUUUUGAUUACACUUCUGAAUGUCAUUGUUUACCAAAUUUGUGAAGGAAAAAGUUGGAGUAAGAACAAUUCGCCAACACUACCAGAUGAGGAAUUGUGCCGUAGAUUUUCAUUUGGUGAGAUCUUAUCCGCAACCAACAAUUUUGAUAAAGAAUUAGAGAUUGGACAUGGGGGCUUCGGUAAGGUCUACAAAGGGGUUAUUGAUGGCAAGGCGGAAACAGUUGCAAUUAAAAGGUUAAGUUCUGAAUCUAGGCAGGGAGAGAAAGAAUUUAGGUCAGAAAUUGAUAUUCUUUCCAAGCUUCGACACAAACACCUUGUCUCUCUGAUAGGAUACUGCAACAAGGGUCGUGAAAUGAUUCUUGUUUACGAGUACAUGGAGCAUGGAACUCUCGCAGAUCAUCUUUACAAGAAAAAUCGUGAUGCUAGUAGCAAUGGAGAAGUGCCUCCUCCUCUUUCUUGGGAGCAAAGGCUCAAUGUAUGCUUGGGUGCUGCUCGCGGGUUAGAUUACCUGCACACCAAUAGUGAUCAGGACACCAUACAUCGAGAUGUCAAGAGCGAAAACAUUUUGUUGGAUAGGGAUUGGGUUGCCAAAAUUGCAGACUUUGGCAUAUGCAAAGUUGGAACUGCGAUCGAUACUCCCACCCAUAUCAGUACCGAUGUAAAGGGGACUAUUGGUUACCUAGAUCCCCAAUAUUUCUUGACCCGUAGGUUAACCAAAAAAUCUGAUUUCGGUGUUGUUUUGUGGGAAGCAUUAUGUGGGAGGCCAGCCGUUGAUACUAGAUUAGACGGGGAACAGUGCAGCCUCGUUUUGUGGGUUCAAAACUGCUUCAAGGUAGGAAUAGUUGACUCUAUCAUUGAUUCCAGUUUGAGGGAACAAAUACCAACUCCUUCCCUCAAAUUGUACCUUGAUCUUGCAAACCUAUGCUUGCAUAACCAGGCUAUUGAACGACCUACAAUGGCUGAAGUCACACAUGGCCUUGAAUCUGUAUUAGCGGCGGCUUCUGCAAUAUCUCAAGGUUCAAUCUCUUCAACCUCUUCUGGGCCAUUGCAACUGGAUGAUAAUAAAAUGCAGCAAAAGAAGAAGAUGACCAAGCAUGGCAACUUCUUCCAAAGGAGUUUCCAAUCUUUAGUUAGAAGAAUAGAUAUUCGACUGAGAAAGAGCAGUGAAAACACCAGUGUUAUGGAAUUGGAGCCUCGUCUAGAGAAUGCACUUCUACCCUUCCGUCGUUUUUCUCUUGCUGAGGUUAGAACGGCAACACACAACUUCAGUAAUGUUAUUGGAAGAAGUUGUUUUGGAAAAUGUUACCAAGGAAUGAUUGAUUAUGGAACCACCUUGGUUGCAAUCAAAGAGAAAGAGAUAAGGUUGCUAUGGGUAAAUGAAAUCUUGAUUAUGUCAAGAAUUAAUCAUCAUCGUAACAUGGUAAAUUUAAUUGGGUACUGCAAUGAGGAAGGCAGAAUGUUGGUUGUGUUGGAAUAUAUGAGUAACGGGUCCCUAAGUGAUCAUAUCCAUGAUAAGAAGAAGAAUCGUCUCCCAUGGAAAAGGAGGCUGGAGAUAUGCAUUGGUGUUGCCCAGGGAUUACGCCACCUUCAUUCUGAGAUGUCGCACGAAAGAGUGAUCCAUCGCGAUGUGAAGCCGGGUAAUAUCCUGCUAGACAGUAGUUGGGUCGCAAAGGUUUCAGACUUUGAGUUGGCAUCGGCAGCAUUGGGAUCCUCAACCCAUGUCACCACGGCGUUACGUGGUACCAUUGGCUACGUAGACCCAAAUUACCUCACGACCGGCCAUCUUACACUGAAAUCCGAUGUCUACUCUUUUGGUGUGGUAUUGCUGGAGAUACUUUGUGCCAGGAAACCUCAUGAUUUGUUUCAUUUAGAAAAUGAAGAUGUAUUUUUAGUAGACUACAUAAGCAACAUCAUCCAAGAGAAUAGAAUAGACGAUGCCAUGGACCAGUGUCUAGUGGGAAAGAUUGCUCCGGAGUGCUUGAUUCAGUACUUGCGGAUUGCGAUGAAUUGCGUGAAUGGUAGGGAAAUAUAUAGGCCAUCAAUGGAGGCAGUGGUGUCGGGCCUGAGUAACGUACUAGAGUUACAAGAGAGAUGGGAGUUAGACGCGGCUGUAGCAGCAGAUCCACCUUCUGGGGCGGCGUCAGAAGAAUGGUUCAGCAACAUGAUGGCCAUUGAGCGGGCCAGCAAGAAGAACACGGUGGCACAAGAUGAUGAUCUUGCCAAUUUCUCUCAGGAUGUGUCCGAAACAGAAUGGAUCGCCACUUUCUAGUAUUAUGUACUGAGUUCAAGGUAGGAUAUUUAGUCCACACCAGAAAUGUUGUAUAAUAUUGAACCUGGCCAAUAUCUAAAUAAGAUUACACAUUGGAAUCGACAAAUGACGAGU